AUGUCUGUACCAAGCUUUUGGCUGCGCUGCGAGACCAAGCAGUUUGAACGUCGCGCUGCUCUCACCCCCGCUACCGCCAAGAAGCUGAUCGAUGCCGGCUUUGACAUCACAGUCGAGCGGGAUGAGCAGCGCAUCUUCGAUGACGCUGAAUACGAAGCUGCUGGCUGCAAGCUCGUCGCAAACAACUCAUGGCCAAGCGCCCCGCAACAUAUACCCAUCCUCGGUCUGAAGGAGCUCCCCGAGUCCGACGAUCCACUCAUUCACACUCAUAUACACUUCGGCCACUGCUACAAGAACCAGGCCGGCUGGUCCAAGUUCCUUGCCCGCUUCUACAAGGGCCAAGGAACUUUGUACGAUCUCGAAUUCCUGAACGACGACAACGGUCGACGCGUGGCCGCGUUCGGCUACCACGCCGGAUUUGCGGGUGCCGCGGCCGGUGCCCUCGCUGUUGCUGCCGACAAGAAGGGUGAGAAGCUCGGACUCCUGGAGCCUUACCCAGAUGAGGCUACCAUGGUCGAAGAUGUCAAGCGGCGGCUAGGCGGUUCUGGCAAGGGUCUGAAGGCUCUUGUCAUCGGUGCUCUCGGUCGCUGCGGCCGGGGGGCUGUCGAUCUGUUCAGAAAGAUUGGUCUCGAUGAAGACGACAUCCUCAAGUGGGAUAUGGCCGAGACUGCCAAGGGCGGUCCCUUCGAAGAGAUCCUUGAUGUUGACAUCUUUGUCAACUGCAUCUAUCUGUCUUCACCGAUCCCCCACUUCCUGACCCAUGAGACUAUUCGCAAUGCUGGUCCCAACCGUCGUCUUUCGGCUGUCGUCGACGUCAGCUGUGAUACAACCAACCCCCACAACCCUAUCCCAAUCUACUCGAUCAACACCACCUUCUCGGCACCGACUGUACCUGUAGAAGUUGGGACUGGUAACCCACUGCUAUCGGUCAUAUCUAUCGACCACCUACCAACGCUCCUUCCCAGGGAAGCAUCUGAGCAAUUCAGUUCGGACCUUCUCCCGUCGCUGCUGCAGUUUCCCCAGAGAGACACAGCACGCGUUUGGAGGGAUGCUGAGAAGCUUUUCAGGGAGAAGCUCACUGCGGCUGUCAAAGUCGAGAGUCUGCAAUGA